AUGGCGGCGCUGGCGACCCUGCUCAUGCUGCCGCCGGGGGUGGCCGUCGCCUGGCUGCUGGCGCGCCGGCGGUUUCCGGGCCGCUCGAUGCUCGAGACGCUGGUGUCGCUGCCGCUCGUCCUGCCGCCGGUGGCGACCGGGUUGAUCCUCCUCUGGGUGCUCGGGCGCCGCGGUCCGCUCGGACGGCUGCUGGCGCAGACCGGACUGGAGAUGCUGUUCACGUGGCGGGCGGUGGUCGUGGCCAUGGCGGUGAUGGGGUUGCCGUUGCUCGUGCGGGCCGCGCGCGCCGGAUUCGAGCAGGUCGACCGGCGCUAUGAGCAGGUCGCCGCCACGCUCGGGGCCAGUCCGUCGCGCGUCUUCAUCACGGUCAGCCUGCCGCUGGCGGGCCGCGGCGUGCUGGCGGGGGCGUUGCUGGGAUUCUCGCGCGCGCUGGGCGAGUUCGGCGCGACGAUCAUGGUGGCCGGUGCGCUGCCGGGCACCCGCACCAUCGCCAUCGCCAUUUUCGGCUACACGGAAACCGGCAACCAGGCGGCCGCGGUGACGAUGCUCUCGGUCUCGGCGGCCAUCGCGUUCGGCGCCCUGUUCCUGUCGAACCGGCUCACGAACCAUCCGGCCGGUGCGACGUGA